UUAUUAAUUAGAGCAAGUUAUGGGGAAGGGAUAUUUUAUGGAGGUUGAGAAAGACAAAACUGAAGAUUCAAUUGAACAAGAGAGAGUUCUACACAUGAAUGCUGGAGAUGGAAUUAAUAGCUAUGCCAAGAACUCCUUGUUUCAGAAAAAGGUGAUGCUAAAAGCAAAGCCAGUUCUACAACAAAGCAUUAGCGAGUUAUUAUCCAGCAAGAAUGUUCCUGAUUGCAUAAAAAUUGCAGACAUGGGUUGCUCUUCAGGUCCGAACACUUUCGUUCCGAUCUGGGAGAUCGUAGACGCAAUUGACGAGACAUGUAACCGACUAAAAACAAAACCUCCGGUUUUGCAAGUAUUCUUGAACGAUCUUCCGGCAAAUGAUUUCAACUUAAUUUUUAGGUCUUUGCCAAGCUUUUAUAAGAAACUCGAGGAAGAGAAAGGUGGCGAGUUCGGGCCUUGCUUCGUAGCUGCGAUGCCCGGAAAUUUCUAUGGAAGAUUAUUCCCACCAAAGUCCCUUCAUUUUGUUCACUCUUCUUACAGUAUCCAUUGGCUAUCUCAGGUACCUGAAGGGAUUGUGACCGAAUCCGGGAUUUCGUUGAACAAAGGCAAUAUUUGGAUAUCGGAAACAAGCCCUCCGGCUAUACAUAAAGCAUAUUCCGAUCAAUUCGAAAGAGAUUUCACGCUGUUCUUGAGGUCACGUUCAGAAGAGAUUAUUUCCGGUGGUCAUAUGGUCAUUACCUGCAUGGCUCAGACUAAUAAUCCUUCUUGCAAAUUUGGUAGCUGUGAACUUUUGCGAUUGAUUGGGGACUGCAUCAAGGCUAUGGUCGAUGAGGGAAUAAUCAAAGAAUCAAUUUUGGACUCGUGCAACAUUCCAAAUUAUCCUCCAUCUAGAAAGGAAAUGGUGAAUUUAAUUGAAAAAGAAGAUUCAUUUAUGAUUGCAAAAUUAGAAGAAUUCGAACUGAGUUGGGAUACAAACAUUGAAGAUGGUCACAAAGAUUUGGAGUUUAAUCAACGGCAAAGAGGAGAAUACGUAGCCACAUAUAUGAGGGCUGUUACAGAAUCCAUACUAGCAAAUUAUUUUGAGAAUGCAAUAAUAGAAGAUUUAUUUCAUAGAUUUUCGAUCAAGGUUGCUAAUUACAUGGACAAAGGGAUUGGGUUGCACAAUAAUCUAGUGAUUUUCAUGAUUAAUAAAUGAAAUCAUCCUCGAUUACAAUUGAAAUUAAAAGGUCCAAUAUAAAUUUAGACUAUGCUUAGUUGAUUUUUCUUUUCUUAAGGAAAAACUAUGCUUAGUUUAUAGUAUUGACAAAUAACAGUCAUUUAAUAUUAUUAUAUUCUUUGUAAAAUAAUAGUUCUUCUAUAAUAAAAGAAUAACAAUUAUAUUUCUUAGCAAAA